AUGGCAAGGGAACCUCUUCAGACCGCAUGGGAGUCGUGCUCCCAAACCGACACACUCUUCAUCCUCGUCUGCAGCGUCUUCUGCUGGCUGAUCAUCCCCGCCGUCGGCCUCGCCUACUCAGGCUAUUCCACGCGCUUCAAUAGCCUCGCCUCCUUCUACCCGGGUCUACUCGCCGUCUCCGUCUGCUCCAUCCAAUGGUGGAUGAUCGGGUACUCGCUGGCCUACGGCGACGCCAACAGCGUCUUCGGGGGCUUCGGCAAAGCGUUCCACAUAGGAGUCCUCGCGGACCCAGUGGGUUCUAUCCCAGAGAUCCUGUUCUCGCAAUUCCAGCUCAUCUUCUGCGCGACGGUGUGCGCGAUCGCGAUCGGGGGCGCCUGUGAGCGCGGGCGACUCCUCCCAUUGAUUCCAUUUAUUUUUGGCUGGUGCACAUUCAUAUACGCCCCGUUGGCGCACAUGGUCUGGUCAGAGACAGGCUUUCUGGCGUCACUAGGCGCCCUCGACUUCGCCGGCGGCACGCCCGUACACAUCUGCAGCGGCGCGACAGCAACAGCCAUGAGCGUCUACCUCUCGUACCCGCGAUUCCGGUCGCGACGGUCGAACAAGCGAACCCCGCAGCACCUCGUGCUGCACAAGCCACACAACGCGCUGUCCCAGCUCCUGGCGCUGAUCAUCAUCUGGAACGCGUGGGUGGCGUUCGACGCGGGGACGACGCUUGCGUUGAACUUCAAGAGCGUGAUGGCCGCCUGCGUGACGAACCUGUGUGCCUCGUCCGGGGCGCUCACCUGGGCGAGCCUCACCUACUUUGAGACCGGGAAGUGGAGUCUGGAUAGUACCUUUCUCGGGGCGAUUGCGGGGCUGGUGCUUAUCACGCCCAGCGCGGGGUUCGUCGAUAUGACUACUGCGGUCGCGUUUGGGGUCCUCGGUGCGGUGUGUGGGCGCCAGGCGCUGCGGAUCAAGUUCACCAAGGCGGCUGCGCGGUGGAGGUGGGUCGACAAUGGGGAUACCUUUGCGACGCACUGUCUGGGUGGGUUUCUCGGGACGAUCGUCACGGGGCUGUUUGCGCAGCGGGAGGUUGCCGCGUAUGACGGGGUAACGUUUAUCGCGGGUGGAUGUCUGAUUGAUGGGAAUUGGCGGCAGCUGGGGGUGCAGAUUGUGGAGGCGCUGAUUGGGUUCGUGUGGAGUUUUGUUGGGAGUUAUGCCCUUUAUGCGCUGAUUGAUUGUGUGCCUGGGUUGGAGGUGUUGGCUACUGAUGAGGAUGUCAUGGCCGGGAUGGAUGCGUCGCAGAUGGAUGAGUCUCUGUAUGCGGCGCAGUGGGCGGGGGAAGAGGACUAUCAUCCUUUUGCCGGGGUCCGUCUAUAA